UUGGAGGAGACUGUGGAGUGAGUAGGUGCUAACAUUUGGCUCCGCUUGAGCGGAGGAAGGAAACUAUAGUAGGUCGCGCUGGGGCUGCGCUCGCCGGAGAGGCUAGGCUGGUCUAGUCCAGGAAAGCCUUGCCGCUCCCUGGGCGUUCUGCCGGGAGAGUCCCAGCGUUCGCGGCUGGAAUGGUGCUGGCCCCGGCGUUCGGUGCUUGCGUUCUUCGGAGGGAGCAGCCCGAGCGGAGGAGCCGCGAUGGAAAUGCUGCUGUUGCAACCGUUGGGAUGUACCAAAUUAUGCCAGCAGAAACCUCUGGAUUUGAAAGAUGAUAAUACUGAAAAACACUGUCCUGUUACAGUGAAUCCUUGGCACAUGAAGAAAGCUUUUAAAGUUCUGAAUGAAUUAAGAAGGUGCUGCUAUUUUGGUCAAAACUUACUAUGUGAUGUGACAAUAGUGGCUGAAGACAUGGAAAUUGCAGCUCAUCGAGUUGUAUUAGCAUCUUGCAGUCCCUAUUUCCAUGCCAUGUUUACAGGUGAAAUGAGUGAAAGUCAAGCAAAGAAAGUUCGAAUAAAAGAAGUUGAUGGUUGGACCCUUAAGAUGCUCAUUGAAUAUGUUUACACAGGGGAAAUUACGGUUACAGAAGAAAAUGUACAGGUACUGCUCCCAGCGGCUGGUUUGUUGCAGCUGCAGGAUGUAAAGAAAAGUUGCUGUGAUUUCCUGGAAACUCAGCUUCAUCCUGUCAACUGCUUGGGCAUUCGGGCAUUUGCUGAUGUGCAUGCGUGCACGGAGCUUCUGAACAAGGCCAACACAUACGCAGAACAGCACUUUACUGAGGUUGUACUGGGUGAGGAAUUUCUUAGUCUUGGUGUAGAACAGGUGUGCAGCUUAAUAUCCAGUGACAAACUAACAAUAGCAUCAGAGGAAAAGGUAUUUGAAGCAGUGAUAGCUUGGGUUAACUAUGACAAAGAUGUGAGGCAAGAACUCAUGGCACGUCUGAUGGAACAUGUUCGAUUACCUUUGCUCUCAAAGGAAUAUUUGGUCCAGAGAGUUGAAGAAGAGAUACUUGUUAAAAACAGCAGUGCAUGUAAAGAUUACCUAAUUGAAGCAAUGAAGUAUCAUUUGUUGCCACUUGAGCAAAGAGCUCUGAUGAAGACCACACGAACAAGGUUGAGAACACCUGCCUGUCUUCCAAAACUGAUGGUAGUGGUAGGAGGGCAAGCGCCAAAAGCUAUCCGCAGUGUGGAGUGUUACGAUUUUAAAGAAGAACGUUGGCACCAAGUUGCUGAGCUGCCUUCCAGAAGAUGCAGGGCAGGAGUUGUAUACAUGAAUGGUCUUGUCUUUGCUGUUGGUGGCUUCAAUGGCUCUUUGAGGGUUCGUACCGUGGAUUCUUAUGAUCCAGUAAAAGACCAGUGGACCAGCGUUGCUAACAUGCAAGACAGAAGAAGCACUUUGGGCGCAGCUGUAUUAAAUGGGCUUCUGUAUGCUGUAGGAGGAUUUGAUGGGAGUACAGGUUUAUCCUCCGUAGAAGCAUAUAAUGUGAAGACUAAUGAAUGGUUUCAUGUAGCUCCGAUGAACACAAGGAGAAGUAGCGUUGGAGUAGGUGUAGUUGGUGGUAAGAUCUCUUAG